AUGACUUCCAGCUAUGCCCACAUCAUGGAGAGACAGGCCGUCCUUGCCACCCGCUUGGAGAGCCCCAGCAACCUGGACAACUUACAGGCCAAAAAGAACUUCUCCGUCAGUCACCUGUUGGAUCUGGAGGAAGCCGGAGACAUGGUGGCGGCUCAGGCGGACGAGAGCGUAGGGGAAGCCGGCAGAAGCUUGCUGGAAUCCCCGGGGCUAACGAGCGGCAGCGACACCCCGCAGCAGGACAAUGAUCAGCUGAACUCAGAAGAGAAGAAGAAAAGAAAGCAGAGAAGAAACAGGACCACCUUCAACAGCAGUCAGCUCCAGGCAUUGGAGAGAGUCUUUGAGAGGACACAUUACCCCGAUGCCUUUGUACGAGAAGACCUCGCACGCAGAGUCAACCUCACUGAAGCCAGAGUUCAGGUGUGGUUUCAGAACCGAAGAGCAAAGUUCCGCAGGAACGAGAGAGCUAUGCUGGCCAACAAGAACGCCUCCCUUCUCAAAUCCUAUUCAGGGGACGUGACUGCGGUGGAGCAGCCCAUAGUACCUCGCCCAGCUCCAAGACCCACUGACUAUCUCUCCUGGGGAACAGCCUCGCCUUACAGCGCCAUGGCUACCUAUUCUGCUACGUGUACCAAUGCUAGCCCUGCCCAGGGCAUGAACAUGGCCAACAGCAUUGCCAACCUGAGACUGAAAGCAAAGGAAUAUAGUUUACAGAGGAACCAAGUACCGACAGUCAAUUAA